UAAUUUAUGCUGCCACGCCCCCUCAACGGCGCUUCCCAGCUAAAGCGCCACCGCGGUGAAGCGGCCGGCCACUCCGUCAAUCCGAUCGCAUCGAAGCCAUCGCCAACGACGCCGCGGCCCCAUCUUGGUCUCUACGUGAGCGCAAGCCGCCCAAGUUACUCGCGAACGAGGAGAAGCAGCAACAGAAGCAACAGCAUCGGUGACGGAAGACACGUGUGCAUCUUGUACAGCGGAGAGAGCACGCACCCUCCAUCCCACGCGAGCGCGACCUGAUGUGUGUGCAGCGCGAUGUCCGAUCGUGCGGGGUCUAACGGCAAGGGGAACAAUAGUCGUCCGAAGUACGCUUCCCUGAGCCUGUACAACACUUACAAGGGGCGUUCCCUGGAAACUCAGCGCACCACCAUCGCAACGCGCCAUGGCCUGCAGAGCCUUGGUAAAGUGGCCACAACACGCCGCGUGCCGGCUCCUCCCAACUCGUCCGGCCUGAAUGCCGAGGGCGGUACGGACGGUGACGACGCCCAGGGAUGGACAGACACUGCCAGUUCGGCUGCUACGCAGCCACAGCAGCCACAGCAGCCGGAGUUGCCGCCGCAGCAGGAUUCAUCUCCAUCUGCCGAGACACCGGAUUCCGAGAGCACAGAACCAGUUGCCCCUCCCCCAAGCCAGACGACGCCUGCGAGUGCAGAGGUGAAUACGAGCGGGGCCACUGGCCCCCCAGCGAUAGCUGGUGGGAAUGGGGGCACAGUGGCCAGAACCUCCCCCCCGCCCGCCGCCACAAGCCGAUCCUGGGCCCAACCGGCACCCAAGCCCGUCGAAGUUGGAGCACGAGUGGGCGGCCUGGCUCAACUCUCCCAGAGGGAAUUCCCGUCGCUGGGGGCGGGUGGGGAGCAGGUCCCGGCCCCUCCCUCCGACGCUACGUCUGGGCGCGCACUAAACCUCCGCCCACAGAAUGUAAGCAGCUGGCGUGAGGGUGGGGGUCCGGGCGGGCGAGAGGAAGGCCCCAGUGCAGGGCUUUUGCCCAUCCCCACCAUGGGGGGCCCCAACGGGGGUCCCCUUACUCAUGCUGCUGGAUAUCGCCCGGACGGUACGCCGUUUGGGCCCAGGUUUGGGCCACCACCUGGUGGCCGGGCCUACCCUGCAGCACAGCAGCCUGAUGGCAGACGUGGAGCACGGCCACCCUGGCUCGCAGAAGCUGACCGGCCGUCCAUCGUGAAAGCAAAUGAUCUGAAGGAGCUGGACACCCUGGACACAGAUGCUGAUGAUGGCUGGGCUGGUGUGCAGGAUGAGGUCGACUACACGGAGAAGCUGAAAUUCAGUGACGAUGAAGAUGAGGAAAGGGGCGGGAGCACACGGUCUUGGGCUGACAGUGCGGGUCCAGGAGCUGUGUCCGAAGGGGGGGCUGCUCGUGGCUCUGAUGCCUCAUCUGGAGCUGUGUCUACGAGCUGGGGAGAUACUGCCCCCUCCCCCCCUCCGUCUGGGCCUGGCUCGGCCAACUGGGGAGAUGCUCCUGUCAGGCCGCGGCCACAACACCCGGCAUCGUGGAGUCAACAUCAGCCGCCACGGGAUCCCAUGCGUGGGGGUCAUGAGCACAGGGGAGGUCCCCCUAUCGUGGUUCCUCAGCCGCUCUUAGCAGGCCCAAGGGGGCCCCCUGCCCUCAAUGUCAAUCAACAGCGCUAUCUGGGAGGGCCCCACCAAGGUCCAGGGCACCUUCAGGGUCCUAUUCUGCACCAUGGUCCAGGGCCUCAUCAGGGCCCUAUGCUCCACCUGGGUCCCCACCAGGGUCCAGCAAAUUUCCAGGGUCUCCACCAGGGUCCCGGGCUGCAUCAGGGCACUGGUCCCCAUCAUGGCCCUGGUCCCCAUCAUGGCCCCGGUCUCCACCAUGGCCCCGGUCUCCACCAUGGCCCCGGUCUCCACCAUGGCCCCGGUCUCCACCAUGGCCCCGGUCUCCACCAUGGCCCCGGUCCCCACCAGGGUCCCGGUCCCCACCAGGGUCCCGGUCCCUACCAGGGCCCCGGGCCUCACCAGGGCCCCGGUCCCCACCAGGGCCCCGGGCCUCACCAGGGCCCCGGGCCUCACCAGGGCCCCGGGCCUCACCAGGGUCCUGGGCCUCACCAGGGCCCCGGGCCUCACCAGGGCCCCGGGCCUCACCAGGGCCCCGGGCCUCACCAGGGCCCCGGGCCUCACCAGGGCCCCGGGCCUCACCAGGGCCCCGGGCCUCACCAGGGCCCCGGGCCUCACCAGGGUCCCGGGCCCCAACAGGGUCCCGGGCCCCAACAGGGUCCCGGGCCCCAACAGGGUCUUGGGCCCCAACAGGGUCCCGGUCCCCAACAGGGUCCCGGUCCCCAACAGGGUCCCGGUCCCCAACAGGGUCCCGGUCCCCAACAGGGUCCCGGGCCCCAACAGGGUCCCGGGCCCCAACAGGGUCCCGGGCCCCAACAGGGUCCCGGGCCCCAACAGGGUCCCGGGCCUCACCAGGGUCCCGGGCCCAACCAGGGUCCAGGCCUCCUCAAGGGUCCUGGGCCCCAACCCAUACCUGUUCCCCCACAAGGACCUGCUAUCGGGGGCUCAGAUGAUGAGGCGUGGCGCAACCGUCGCCGUGAUCAGCAAGGUGGCCCUGUGGCUGCGGAUGGUCCUCAUGGAACAGCUCCACAUAGAGGCGGGGGCACGUGGGGCAGCAGCGCAGAGGUGUCGGCAGCGGUGGAGCGAGCCCGACAGCGCAGGGCGGCCGAGGAGAAGAGGAUGGAGGAGGAGCGUCUGGCAGCCUGCGCUCAGAAGCUGCGUCUGCUAGAAAGCAAGAUGGCCGCCAGCGUUCCGGCUGGCAGCGGCGGUGGAGCUACGGCAACGGCAGCCGGGGCUGCUCCCACCGUCGGCGGGGCCAGUAACAGCACUGGCGAAGACACCGUUUCUGAGGACGGGCCUAGCGCCGUGCCAGCAUCGUCGGCGGCGGCAUCGGCGCCUUCAGUCACAGCGGCGGCUUUCGGCGUGAGGGAGACGGCCUUGAGUGUGGACAUGGCUGCUACCGUGGGAGACGAAGCCACUCUGGGCACAACCACGGAUGAUGCCGUCCCAAGUGUGGGGGACGCCGGGCAUUUGGCAGGUGGGGCUGUUGCACCAGUUGGGGGAGAAGUUUCUGCGGAAGCGGCCUCGACUCCAGCAACAGCGAUCGUAUCAUCAGCAAUGAGUGGAGGUUGUGCCUCCCCGCUGCUCGACACGCCUGUUUUGAACUUAGGUGCAGCCAAAGAUUGUGUCGCUGCGAGCACAGUCGAUACCGAUAAUUCGUCCACCCCCGACUCAGAUUCGACAGCUAACGGGAGUCACGCACCAAGCACGCGUGGGCCACCUCUACGAAUCGUCACAAGGAAUGAUGGCCGGGGCAAUGCCGGCCCGAGACUCGACGGCGGCGACGACGACGACAGCGGCGGUGGUGGCUGCGGCAUCGUUCGGAGUGCCGGUGGUGACCAUGACCAACCCAGGGGAGUGGCGGUGGACGACCGCAGGCCCAGGGGGGGGACAAUUGGUACCGUUGGACGGACUGUGGGUGCUGGCAGUGACACCUCUGUACCACCAACAGCUGAUGCUGCGUCGGUUCCCUUCUCGGGCCCAGCGGUUGGAGCGAAGGCGGUGACUCGGGUCGGCCCCAUUGGGACUGCGGCCUCACCAACGGGAAGCGAUGGCGGGCCCGGUGGAGGAGUGAGCGGGCCGCUCGCACCCCCAGUAGCUGCACCGAUAGUCGGCACGGGCCAUCCUGUUGGGCCUGUGGGGACGGCGACGGCCGAGAGCGCCGCUGGGGCCAGGGUUAGCACGGAAAAGCGGCAUGCGGUGGCCGAAGGCGAGGUCAUGGUGGAACCGAGCGCUGUGGGUGGCCGAGCAGGGCCACCUGGCGGGGAGUGGCGUGAUGGUGAGGGCCCGAGCAAGCGGCGGCGUAGGGACAGCCGUUCUCCCACCGCGGCCCCACCGCAGCACCACCCAGAGCCACGGCCCACGUUUGUCCGCCAGGAGAGCGAGGAGACGCAGCCCCGAUCAGAGAGCGCCCCGCUCCCUCAUGCACACGCGCAUACUCAUGCUGGGGCCAAGACCUACCAUAAGACGCUCCCCCCGCGCUUCCAGCGUCAACAGCAGGAGCAGCUUCUGAAGCAGCAGUGGCAGCAAUGGCAGCAGCAGGGCCCUGACCCAGGCCAGCCCAAUCAGUGGCGGGGAGGUUCUGCAGGUCCCCAAGACCAGAGCCAGCCCACUCAGUGGCGGUCAGCCGGUCUACCGGACCCAUCUAGCCAGCCUCCUCAGUGGAGAGGGGUUAUGGGCGGUGGUGUCGUUGGCCCCGAUCCGGCCUCUUCCAUGCAGUGGCGCGGCGGCGGCGGCGGCGGCGGCGGCGGUGGCGGCGGUGGUAGCGGGAUGAUAUCUGACCCAGAAUCUCCCACAUCACGGAGGGGGGGUGGCGGGCGGCACAUGCCAACGUCGCCACAGGCGUUCGAUGCACGGAGGCCUCCUCAACCGUAUGUGGACAUGCGAUUUGCCGCAGGACCUACCUCUAGGCGCGAGCGAGCCGACAGCGCCAGCUCAGAGCCGUAUGAACCCCGUCAAGGUCACGUGGUGGAGCGCGAUGUCCGUGUGGGGCAUCCCAACGUCAGCAGGCAACACUCGGACACGGAGGAGCGCCGUGGUCCACUGCUACGCAAUCCAGAUGAGCCGGCACAUGGACCUCGGGACCAACAGCCCCAGCAGCAGUUGCAGCAGCCGCCAGAGCAGCCGAGAGGAGGACCUCAUGCACAGGUGCAGCGCAGCAACCAGGAGCGACGACCGAAGGAAUUCCAGGUGCCCGCGCCAGCCCAACGUUCGACGUCACUUGAAAAUGGCCAGGCACAGCCAGUGAGCGCUCUUCCAUCCCCAGCGAGCGGUGUGACUGCACGCCACCCAGCCCCGUCACCUGCCACCAGUCCCGUGUUCUUGCCCACGUCUGCUCCGCCCGUUCCUUACCAGGGGACGUCCAAGCCGCACCCGGUAUCCUCGGCGCCAGGCUCCCAACAGCCGGUGACAACGCCCAGCGGCGCCCCUCUCCCCGCCGCCGCCCCUUACACCAGCAGUGGCGAGGUGGCAGCCCCAGCCCGGGAAAGACCCCAUUCGUCUUCAUCGUCGGUGGUUUCAGCCUCGUCGUCUCAAGGUGGCAGUGUGCCUCCGCAGCAGCAGCAGCAGCAGCAACAGCAGCGGAACACCGCACCACCCAUGUCGUUCUCUGGUCGCCGCGAGGCACGCACAGAAACGCGGUGGGGGCCAAAGCCAGGCAGCGGACGGCGCAGCAGUGCAGGCUCCCAGGCCAGCACCGGUGGGAGGAAGCCGGUUUUGCGUGACAUGAAGGUCGGGGAAAAGAGCGACGAAACUGAUGACGGUAGGGCAGCAGGUGGCAGCCGGCAGCAGCAGCAACAGUCCUCGCAUCAGCAGCAGGAACCAACGCAAAACACUAGGCAAGCAUCCCAGAGCAAAGGUGGCUCGCGCAGCCGGGGCGAGAGGGACGACGCCAAGGCCGCCGACGCCGGAACAAGCGACAAGGCCAAGGGUGACGGAUCUCAGGGUUCGGUCAAGGGGCAGGAGCCGAUUGCACCCCCGGCACCCGGUCCACGUGGCAGCCAGCAGUCCAAGGACUCAAGCCGGCAGAGGGAUGUCUUCCCCAAUAACGACAGCCAUGGCUUUCCGCAAAACCAACGACGACGGGAUGGGACAUGGCCGCGGGGCCGGGGGUCCGGACCCCGAGCGUUCAUGGCGCCUAUUGGCACAACUGGCGGGGGCACAUCUAGCAGUGGCAGCGCGGACGGGAAUGCCGUGCCUAGCACAGUCUCUGGCCGGGAAUACUCUGGCCGAGGUCGUGGUGGUGGUGGUGGUGCCAGCGCUCGUGGGGUUCGACCAACGCCUGCGUACAGAGGCGGCCGUGGUCGGCAACGUGAGUUUCAGGCGAAAUUCCCGAAUCAGCAUCAAGUGCAGCAGCAACAGCAGCAGUACCAGCAGCCCAAGGCUCGGGCAGCACAGCAGGCGAGCUCACCGGCACGGAGUGAGGGCUCCGAGUACGAGGACCAGACGAUCCGACGGAGACGGCAGCGUGGCUCGGAGAGCGAACCCGAGAGCGACAACAACAACGAGGACGACGAGGACAACGACCGCGCGAGCACGGAUGCCAGCGAGGGCCCGGCCCCCGUGCCCGCUACUGCGCCUGCUGCGCCCAGUGGUGGUGCCGGUGGUAGCAGUGGAGGUGGCGGUGGUGGGGCUAAUCGGCCUGACGGGAGGCCUCAUCCUCGCAGGGACGUGGGCUCGGGGAGGGUGGGUGAAUCCAGGGGCCACCGUGCAGCCCCAGGAGCCAGGUCUGGCCACAGAGAUCACCGGUCGGAAAACACCGACAUCAGACGGGGUGACACUGACAAGCAGCAUGACUACGAGCGAGAUGACCGGCCUCCAGCGCCCGACCGCCGACGCGACAACUUCGCUGGCUCCGGGGGAGCGGGCGGCUCCGGCCCGGGGGAGAGGGGCAGCGCGGCAGGGGGAGAACGCGCGGAGAGGGGAGGCGCCGUGUUCUCGGCGCGCGGGCAACCGUCUCGCCGCGGACGAGGCGCUGCGUACCUGGGGCGCGGGCGGAACGGCGCGGCCCCCCGGUCGCACGGGGGUUCGAGGGCCGGGGAGGUGGGCGAGGGGGGUGGCCCUGCUGAGCCUGGAGGCGCUGACAAACCCGCAGACAAGUCGCAGUGGCAGCCAAAGCCAGAACGGCGUUUCACUCGAGGAGGAGGAGGAGGAGGUGGCGGCGGCGGCGGCGGUGGUGGGGGUGGCGGCGGCACCGGUGGUCCCCCAUCACGGCGUGGUGGCACCGAGGGCCCACCCAGGCGCCACCAGGCCCUGGGCCACCCGCAUGGCCACGCGGCGUCGUGGCAGCGGUGGCAGGAUCGACCGCCGCGGUUCACGCGUCGACGCCACUCUCCCGGGUCGGCGGCGAUGGCGGCAACCAGCGGCCGCGUGGAUCCCUCCUCCCGCGGGCCGGCUGGCAAUGCCACGUCUGGGACCGCUGUGUCGCCCGAGGGGGCGGCCAUCGGUGGAGGAGGGGCGGUUGCCGGGGGGGCGACAGUCGGAGAUGAUGCAGCGGGCCCUCCAGGUGGGGGAGCCCGCUCCCCCGAACCGUCCGACCUUGCGAACGAGGAGUGGGAGACGGCUUCAGAGAGCAGCGACUUCACAGAGAGAGAGCGCAAGAUCCGCACUCGAGACAUGCACCCCAGGGGUCCAGACUCCUCGAGUGGUGAUGGCAGUGGUGGUGGCGGAGGCAGUGGAGGAGUAACCGGUGGCGGUGGCGGCGGGGGAGGAGCAGGUGGGGGCGGCGGUGGCGGUCGCGGGGCCGCUCCCCCUCCCGGCGGCCCUGCCCAGGGUUCAUCUCGCCGGGCACUGGGGGGUGGCCCUCGGGGAGGAGAGCGGGAGAGGCCAAACCGACGGCUGGCGGGGGGCGGGAGGGGGGACCGGGUGAGCGCGGUGGCACACCGAGCCAAGAAGGGAGUGCCAGAGCGCAUCGCCAGCGCCGCAGGGGGUGGCGGCGGCGGUCCCCCAUCGGAGCCCCCCCCAGACCCCCAACAGGCUCAGGCCAAGAGGCAGGAGUCGGAGGCCAAGAAGGCCAAGGAGAAGGCGGACGCCAUCUCACAGUUCGACCUCAACAACUACGCCAGCGUGGUGAUCAUCGACGAUCACCCCCUGCUGAGCAUGGAGGAGGCGGAGGACCCACAGAGCGCGGGCGCCGGCUUCACUCAGGUGCUGUCCAAGCGACAGAAGCGUCUCCAGGACAAGAAGGAGGAGCCCAUCGCACCGCAGGUGGCGACCAAGGGCCGCCCCGAGAAGGAAAAAAAUCGCAACAGCAAUAAGCUGCCUCCUCGCCUGGCUAAAAAGCAACAGCAGCAGACGCAGCAGCAGCAGGCUGCACAGCAACAGCAAGGGCAGCAGCCAGCCCAGCUGUUGGGAAUUCAGCUGCAACAACAGCAACAGCAGCAGCUCCCAGCCCCCCCACAACAACCAAACCUGCAGCAACUUGGUCAACAGCAGCCAAGUCAGCAGCAGCAGCAGCAGCAGUCACAACCUCAACAGCAGCAGGGCAAAGUGCAAGAGUUUGGAAUGAACGGAGCGAGUGAUGCUGGAGCAGCUGUGGCUGUUCCCAGCAAUGGAGCGCAGGCAGACGUUGGCAAGAGAGUUGGGCCUCUGAUGGCAGCGCCCGUGCCGCCUCCUGUGAAUGCGUGGAACAAGCCCCUGACAGCACGAGCCGGCUCCACGGAGCUGGCCCCAGGCAAGGCAGAGGGAGGCACGGAACCCGCGCGGGAGGAUGCCGUGGUGGUCUCUAGCCCCGCCAUCCAGCAGACCCCUACCCAGCAGGUCCCUGGCCCCGCCCACCAGGUCCCUGGCCCCGCCCACCAGGUCCCUGGCCCCGCCCACCAGGUCCCUGGCCCCGCCCACCAGGCCGUCACAACCUCCUCCGCCCUGCUCGCCCCAAGCUCCGCCCAGCAAACUCCGUCGGGCUCCGCUCACGCUCCCAGCUCUGCGUACCAAGUCGUGGGCUCCACUCACCUGGUGUCGGGCUCUGCGCCCCCCCCCAGCGUAAGCUCGAGCCACAUCGCUGGGCACGCCCACGCGGAGGUGCCUCCGGGCGGUGUGGAGGCAGUCGGAGGAGGUGCCGCAGGAGCCGAGCCCAAGGAGCAGAGAGCGCGGUCGUCGCGGGCCCAGCGCGAGCCGGUUCGGGAGACUGCAAGCGAUCGUGCUGAUCCUACGCCAGGCCCCGUGGGGAAGGAGCGCUCGCUGAGGCAGAGGAGGGAUGACACCCCGACGGCAGCAGCAGCAGCAGCAGCAGUUGGAGGUGGUGGCAGCACCACCGGUGUUGGCAACAACGGUGUCGCCGGUAGUGGAGGAGUGGUGCUGGGUGGCAAGAUAAGCCCGGUCGCCGUCGGAGCGGAGACUGUGAGCGUCGCGCUGACCGGGGUUGAAGCACCUGAGUUUGUUCCCAGCCAGCCACCGUGUUCAUCGGAGGAGCGUCGGCAGCAUGGCCACGCUGCCAUUAAGGAAACCGUGAAUGUGUACACGUCGACUGCUGUAUCGACGGAACCCCUGCCGGCCCAUGACCCCACCGCACUGGACACAUCGCUCGUGUCUACUGUGCCCAUCCCACGAACUGUCCCACGCAGCAGCAGUAACAGCAGCAUCAUUCCUGGGGCUCUGUCUGCAGCUGACCUCACGCUAAAGUGCGGGAUCACGGGCGCGUGCCACCACAUCGGCGGCGCAUAUUAUUAUUUUUUUACCGGCGGCACGUUCCACACUGACCCAAGCGUCGACACGAACCGUUGCGUCCGCUCGCAGAUGGAGUCGGCACGGAAGGCGUGGGAAAACUCUCCGCGCCUGGGCGGUGGCGGCGAGCCGGCGCCGGUGCUCCCACCGGCGGGGCCCCCCCCGCCACCCCCCACCGCGGCCAGCACCGUGGCGGUCAACGUCGUGGCGGCACCAGGGCCCGGCGGGCCCGUGGGGCCCCUCGUCUCGCCCCGGGACAGCAUGGGGCCUGCUGCAUACGGCGGCUACGUGGGCACCAUGUCGAUGGCCGACGCCGGUGUCUCUUCCAUACCCGUGAGCUACCACGGGGUGGUGGUGUCAUCCUCAUCCGCGUCUUCGCUCGCGGCCAAACCCAACCUGAUGACCUCUGAGCACGCCAGCAACAUCUGCAAGGUGAAGCCACAACAGCAGCUCCAGCAGCAGCAGCAACAACAGCAGCAGCAGCAACAACAGCAGCAGCAACAGCAGCAACAACAGCAGCAGCAGCAACAACAGCACCAACAGCAAGCUCAACAGGCUGCCAGCCAGCUGUCCCUCAUGCCGCAGCUCACCCAGAUAUCACAGCUUUCGCAGUUGUCCCAGCUGAGCUGUGCGCCGUCCAUGAUGCACCAGCAGCAACAGCAGCUGUACCUUUCUCAGCCAGGACCAGCCCCCACCGGACAGUUCCCGACGUACUACCACGUGGACACGUCGCACCUGUUCCCGAUGCAGCAGGCACGCGUUGGGGGCGGCCCCCCAGCCAUGCAGCAGGGCCAGGCCUACCAGGGCGGGCCGGGCGGUGGGGCGGCUCCACCUGGGCCCCCUCCCGGCCCACCCCAGGCCAUGCACCACCAGCCCCAGAUGCCCUUCUCGCUGUACUCGCAGCAGCUGGGCCAGCAGCAGGCUGUGAGCCAGCCUGCACCGCCGCAGGGGCCUGAAAUGUUUGGGCCGUCUCUGCAGCUGUUCCGGUCCGGCCAGGCCUUCCUGCAGCCAAGCCUGACGCAGCCGUCGGCGCUGGUGCUGUCGGCCGGCAACCCCCCAAAACCCCUGUACGGGGGAGGCUUCGCGUCAGACAUGGGCAAACAGUACAGCCAGGCGGCCCCCCAGCCUGCACCGCCACCACCGCCGCACCAGCCUCUGCCCGCCUUCAUCUAUGAGCAGACGCCAAUGAUGGACUCGAGUCACCUCAUGCAGGCACGACAGGGCAUGGGCCAGCUCGGCGUGUACUCCCAGCCCCAGCAGAGUGGCUUCUACGCCACCUCGCAGUCGCCGGCAGCCACCCUGCAGCACAUGGGGCUGCCCAUGCAGGGAUACGGAGGCACCCAGCAGACGCUCAUCGCCCUCCAGGGGAUGUCGCAGCCAUCGAUGGCGGUUCCGCAGAAUAGAGGUGUCCUCGCGCAUGCGGCGCCGCGAGCCAUCUCCAACCAGGUCCCACGCUACACGCCCAGCCAGCACAAGAUUUUCCAGGUGUCGGAUUAUGGCAUGGCCGGAGAGGUGAAACAUCACACUCCUCCGCAAACUCCGCACGGCAACACCCCGGCUACGAGCCCCUUCAGGCCGGGUUCUAUCAGUCCCGGUUUGGCCGGGAGUUCCUCGACUAAAGGUUCAGGGGUCGGCAAAACUGGGGGAGGCCCCCCACAAUCCACCCGUGUGGGCCAACCUUUCACACAGGUCUACCAGCACCAGGCGCCCCGACCCCCGCCAGUGUCAUCCCUGAGCACCUCUGCAUCGCCGUUCUCCCCGGUGACGCCCAUUCAGCGCUACACCGUGCCGGCUCCCACCCAGGCAGCCCCACCGGCCGCGGCCCCGGUUAACGUGGCCGCCACGUCCGGCACGCAGGCGGCCGGCGUCGUUGUCGUCGCCGCCGCCGCCCCUCCAAUGUCCCAGCGUCCCGUGAGCGCCCAGGGACAGGGUGGGGGCCGAAGCAGUGGGGGGGGAGCCCCACCCCCAUCACUGGGCCCAGCCGUGGGGGGGGGGCAACCACCCGCAGCCUCGCUGGGGGGCCCGGCGAGCGUGCGCCCCGGCGUCACGCACGGAGCGCCCUUACCCCGCGUCACCGACCAGAUCAAGGCGAGACAGAGGGCCGAGGUUCUGCAAUCCACGCAGCUCUUCUUCUCCGGACAGCAAUCGGUCGUACACCAUCCGCAGGUGCCGCAACAAAAACAGCAGCAGCAGCAACCGCCACCACCCCAGCAGCAGCAGCAGCAACCGCCACCACCCCAGCAGCAGCAACAACAACAACAACAGCAGCACAAAACGUCAACAACAACAACCAAACCCGAGGUGACGGAGGCCCCACCGGAGCGCGCGGCGGUCGAAUCCGAGCCGACUCUGAUCACGACGCCGAUGCCUGCCCAGACGACGACGACAACGCCGCUGGGCCAGACGCCGUCGCCACAGGCAGCCAUUGGGAAACCAGUGCGCACCGGGCCCAUCAAACCCCAAGCGAUCAAGUCAGACGAGGGCAAGUGAUAAAGGGUUGGGGUGUUGUCGUUGCGUGUUAUUGGCGUGCGAGUAUGUGUGGGUUGCUUGCGUGGGGCAGCCUGCAAGGCUUGACGUGUAAGUGCGAGCGGGUGGGGUACAUUUGUGCGAAUGUGUGAUGGUGUGUGGUGUGUGUGUGUGCGCGUGCACAUGCGUGCGCACAUUAGAUCAGGCCUUGGCUACAGGCUUGGUGUAGAGUCUAUAGCUUAAUUGCUGUAGUCAUUCAUAGCUCUGAAGCUUGGGGUAACCACAAAUGUUGUUGUUACUUCAAUUGCCCUGGCCCAACCCGGUGUAUGAUGGUAGUGACGUCCUCCCCCGAUUUCGAUUGCCUUCACGCAUGCGGCAGCCCUUGCAGUGGGGACCCCCAGAGCGCGUUGUCCGUGACACGUGGGAAGAAAUGAACUACAUUACCUUCUGAUAUUUACAGCUCUAUUAAAAUCCAGCGCUAUCACUAUUGCUGCACAUCUCUUAUUAGUAUUACAAGCUUGAGGCGAAGCUGAGAACCAUAAUUGUAACAAUUGCUUGCCCAUGCAACAGCAUAGACGUCUAUUAACUGGUAUGAUGACUAGUUUAACGAAACAAUAAAAUUGCUCGUGAUUUACAACAAUGUACUCGGACAGCAUGGCUUGAGAGCUUCCAAAUUGGGACGCGCACCGCAUCCUUUGAUCCCUAGAAAGUUAUAUAAAGAAAAUCUUAACCUGACAUCCGAAUGACAACUGAAUUAACGGUGUAAAGCUUCACAGUAGAUUUCUUUUUCAGUCUCGACGUUACGAUUGCUGUAUUGUAACAAGCCCAGCUCGCUCACUGUUCGCUGACCAGUAACUUUAACAUUGGCUACUUGCAGUCCGACCCUCGCCCACCCCAUAACCAAUGUACACUGGGCAUCGCAGGGCGCUGUCUCUCGCAUGCUCAGCCUAAUUAAAAAACAGGACUGAAGCGGCAACAGUGGCAAGUCAUGGGGGUCGAAAAAUAUUAUUCGAUAUACUGUAAAAAAAACUAUUCAUGUUACUCAUGGAAUGCCGCUUUUGCUUUUAGUCAAAUGCUUUCUUUCCAAUUCGUGAUAUCUUUUUUUUACGUUAUUUCUUUCUCCGUUGCUGGUUUAAAUUUUGACUGAUAACAGCGUGCACACCGCCGUGAGUUUGCUGUGACAGCGCCGCAGCUGUUGUGCUUUUACCCUGCAAUCCACAUGAAGAUUCUUAGCCAUCAACCCCUCGCCCAAUAAUCAAGAGGCGGCCAGAGGUCAAUAGGAAGCACCACCCCCCCCCCCCCCUGUCUCUCUCUCUCCUGUUGGUUGAGUUUGGGUCCCGGUCCAACUGCUGUGUCACGACUCGUUUUUCGAAUCAAACCGGAAUCGUGUUCGCCGCAUGUGGCACGCGACGCAAGAAUGAGUUCCUGUAUAUUGUUUCGGUGUGUGUCUUGGUUUUUUUUUGCAACAAAACAAAUAAAGCAGUGAGGCCACAAGUGUAAGACGACGCAGCCUGGAGUGACAUUUGCUUUAUUAACGGCGACGCUUUGUUGAACGUUUUGAUGUAAACUUCUGUCCAGGGGGGGUGGCGAUACCAGCUUAUGAAGCCGAGCCCUAGGAAAUUAUGACAUGAGGCUCAGUUGCAUGUGAAUGCACAACCACGUCCUGUUCGAAGUGAAGGCCUUUACGCGUAAAAAAAUAUGAAAUACAUUCUACUCAGAAAUGCUUUUUUAGUGGCUUCGCUUCACAUGCUUGUACUAAAAACAUCGCGAAGCUUUGGGGCUAGUUUUUUAUGAUAUCUUGAAUUUCAGAAUGUUUUCUUCCGGAGGUGCACAUCUCUACUCCACAGCAGUUUUUAAACGCAACGAGACAUCGUUUAUUACAAAAUACUCUUUAUUUAAAUACAUAUUGCCAUGGUAAAAAAACUGCAAUUGUUUCACGUGGUCUGCCAAAGCAAUUUGAGGGAACCCCUGAUCAUGUGGCCCUCGAACGGCCAAUCGUGAGGUUGUUAAACUGGGUGCUGAAUGGAGGCCUUUAAUAGCAGAGCUAUCCUAAAUUAAAACAGCUUUCUGAAGGAGUAAAAAUGUGCUUCAAAAGUAUGAGGGAAACAGUCCUCCGGAUGCAAAUGAAGUGUGCAUCCUCAUGCUCCCAAAUCCUUCAUCUCAUCGGUCAAUCAACGUGCACGUGGUGAGAGCCCUUUGCAGAGACCUUGUACACACAGUUUGUGCUCUAUUAUAAAAGCGUCCCUUAGAUGCAAUAGGAAACUAAUAUUUAGAUUAUACACACAUUAAUAUUUAGUCUUGUCCAUGACUUUAGAUUCCACCUCACUUUUUCCCUUGUACUGCCAAGACUCUACCUACACACCUGAGCUCCAGGGUCUCCUGUCUUAUUACCAACGUCUGGCUUCAGAAUUGUCCUGGAUUACCAGCCACUCUCGCGGCUAAGCCUGCCUUCAAUCCUGCACCCUCUCCUACCCUAUUUCUGAUGGCAUCUACAAUACUGUUUUUUUUCCGUGAACUGUUCCUCAUUUACAAGUUGUUGAGCCUGUCCCGUCGUUAAAUACAUAGCGUCAACUUUUGCAGGAAAAAAACUCCGUGUGCCCGUCACACCGGCCAAUCUUGCCUUUGGGCAACCGCUUGGCCUCCCACUAAGAGGUAAUGUUAUUGGUCUUGGGAGGGAUGAGCUGAAUUAAUAUUUUCAAUUAAGAUUUCAGCAAAAUCUUCAUAUUGCUAGUUUGGGCAUUACAACAGUGCCACCACCAAGCCAGAUACCAUUUUAAAUGUAAAAUAAUUAGAUAUACUGAAAAUCCUUAUUUGAAAGUCAUAUAUAUACACACACCCACACAUCCAUUUUUAUAAUAUGGGUAUGUGUGUGCAUGUGUGUGUAUGUAUGAACGUAUAUAAUAUAAUGUGCAACAGUUUGAGACGUGUUUUAUGAUACUGCUGGUGUAUUGCUGUUAUGACAUUUGUGAAAUGUGUGUGUGUGUGUGUGCGUGCACAAGCCUCCGCUCACUCAUGUUCUCUCAGUGGAGGGCGAGCAUCUUCGUCGGGACGGGAAUAGGAAAAUCUGUUGGUUGACCUUUAGAAGCGUCGAGGAAUAAAAGCAUCAUGAUAAUGUGUGGAGUGAACCAAAAUAGUAGGGAUUGCAAUGACUUAAUUUUCUCCUCCUAGCACUGCAAUUGAAAUGAACGCUUCAGCAUGGUUUCCAUUGGAGCGAGCUCUCCCCUUUCGUUCUUGGUUGGGGCUUCCUGCUUGUUCAUUAAUUUACCAGCCUUUCUAAAAGCAGUGCGAUUACCGAAAUUUAUUUACACCUCGUACCUUUUUUUGGUUGUCCUAUAGGAUACUUAAGUUGUGAGCGUUUGAGUACCGCACAACACGUCUGCACGUCAAAAGUGUAAUACAGCAUAUGUCUAUUAUAUGAAAUCCAAUCUGAUGAGUGUUCCAAAGCAAGUUAUUUAAACCAUAUUACUGGGUUUUUUCACUGCUGCGAUUUCUGUUAUUUUCGUUUUUAUUGCUUUGCACAAAUUCCCUGUUUGGGUGCAAACGUGAGCUUAGGUGGCCUGGUUGUAAUUACAUUUAUUCUUUAUGUUAUCCCUAAAGGGUGCUGGUGGGGGGGGGUGGGUGUUGACAUUUCUUCAGUGUUGAUUUACUGGACACUAUAUGGGCUGGUGCUCUUGUUAAUUCAUUUCACGAAACUGCAUGGGCCUCAUGGGUUUUGUUGUCAAGCGUCACGAUGAGAGCUUUUACGGGGCACUCGUGGCCAGCUUCCCAUUCAAGCUGUCGAGUCGGGCCGUUCGGUGCGUCAGUUGCAUUACCCGGCGGUGCUGCAAAAUAAUGCCACAUGCCACUGGGGGCCGGGAACUGCGGUGAAAAGUCGAGCGUCGGGUCUCCCUGCUCAAACGAGCAUUGUGUGACACACAUCUCUCCCAUUCAUUGGUGGCCCUAAGCCGGAACCUCCAGUGAAGUUGAGUCUCACUCCCAUUUUUUUGUUUGAGCUGAGCGGCACUUUAACUUUCAUUAUAUUUCAUGGCACUUCUGGGAAUCGCAGAGCACGUGCCGGUAUCGCCACAGUGCUGGAAAUCCAGCCGCGUGACUGGAUUGUGGUAACUGUAGGAAUGAACCAGUCCACCCCCGUUCCACGGACCGUCCCCGUGUGGCACGCCCCUUGCCUUCCGCACCGAGUUUACAGCAGGUUUUAAAUGUCCGUGGCUCAGUUCUUGCCUUUUCUGAGAGCAGUUUUUUUUUCUCUCAAUGCUUUCAUGCUUUGCUUCAAAACACCCUCUGAUCGCCGGUAAACACAUUGCGUUUUCAGUCUCCAAUUGGACUCCAUACUGCCAGCGGGGCGCAUAAAGUGCGAGCGUAGAGGCAAAACCACCUCGUUCUUUGAUGGUAGUGGUGGUGGGCCCCGUGGUGGAGAGUUCACCUUCCCUCUGGCAGUGGCCAGCGUCUUUAUAGGACGACCGCUGUUGCCAUGUUGGAUUUUCUUCGGCGGUGCUUGCGCUCUCAACCCGCGCGAUUCGACCUGGCAAAACCUGAUGGGCCGAGUCGAGCACUCACUGACCCCGCCACUCGGCCAGACUGCAUGUGCUCGAACCAGAGAAGGCAAGGGGGGGCGAAGAUGGUUCUGACCUCUUCGCUGUCCUUGUUCCCAGGUUUACCACGUCAGCCCUGCUGGUCGCGGUCAACCCAAACUGGAUGUGAACCGCGUUGCUAGAGGUCCAUUGAAUUUGCCAUUAAGACCCAUGACCCAAAUUUGGCUGGCCUGCCGAGGGAUGGGCACGUGGGGUCAACUUUGGGUGGAGUGAGAAUUACACUACUGUGUACGGUGCUAGGUUAAUUGCUGCACGCUCUUACUCUAAAAUUGCUUACAACUUAAUUAACAAUCCACAGGGUUUAAUGUUUACCCCACCGAGUCAAAUAUCUGUCAAUUGCACACCCACAGUUCGUUCACCCAUUGAGACAGCACAUCAAGUUUUUGGAGGAGACAUUUACAGCAGGAGCUUGUGUAAUCAUCAACAAGUAGAUAUUUUCGUUUUUACUUUUUCGCAGAAACUUUCAAUGUUUCGUUGAUCAAUCAUCCAGGUCAAAUUAAUUUUGCAGCGACACUGACCUCCGUUGGUUACCAAGGCAACAGAGGCAAUUACACAUUCCUAUGGCAAGGUCCACAACCACCGUUCUCAAAGUGGCACUCGUUUGAACAACCCCAGAUAAUGGUCCACGUUAAGCUCAGACGAUUAGAAAUCACCACUUGCGAGUAGAGCAAUUUCACUGCAGUGGCCCAGUCGGAAGUAGAAAAAUGAAUUGCAUAAACAAGAGGCCGCCUGGAGACGUGCAGAACGUGCGUCCACCCCCGCGCGCCUAUCCCAAAAAUUCGUUCCCACAAAUCUUUAAAUCGGGCGAGGGCGAUUUACUGGACAGUAACUUGUUCCUGUCUUCGGGAUUGCACACAUUGGCUUUCUUUUGGGGGCACGUUUGGGUUGUUGUUCUUGUUCCAUUGUGACCCGAGCCAGUUUUGUUUUCCCUUUGAAAUGGAUUUGGUUUUGAUUUGUCGUUGCGUUCUCCGAAUUGCGUUCCCACCACCCCCCAAGCCUGUGUCUUGUAGGCUUCCGCGAGCAGCGGCAGGGCGGUGUGUGGCGCGGGAGAGAUCGUUCGAGAACGCCGCGCUGUUACCGAUUUCCCCCCCCCCCCCUCUUCACACACCGCUUUCCUCUCCACACGGUGACUUUCGGUGCGGCAGUGUGAGAGACAAUUUACCGUUACUACGUCGCGGUGUAAUUAAAAGUAAAAAAAAAUACAAAUAAAAAAACGCUGUAAUUAAUGCUUCGCUGAGUACCAGAAAUGUGUUUUUUUUACGUGUGCUUUCUCGAACUAGGUAUUGAUUGGAGUACAGUAAACUCUGAAAGAGGAUAAUAAACAUUGUGGUUUCAUUUGGA